AUGACAACGAUGUUCGUCCAACUGCGUCGUGUGGUGUACCUAUUGGUACUGAUGUGUUUUCUUUCGCGCGAGGCUCAAGUGAUUUAUGGGCAGAAGACGGCUAAAUGCCCUGAACCUCGAGAGGAGGAGCUCGAACUUGCGGAGCGUAUAAUGGAUCGGACGUGGAAUGGCCCUGGGAUUGAGGGAGUGAGAUCUGCGCAGGAAAUGCUUGCGGGUGGAAGAGCAUGUUUGGAGAUGUGGGGGAGGGAGGAGAGAGAAUGCAAUGAGAAUUAUGCGUUUAUGGAAGCUGCCUGGAACGCCACCACCGAAAUUGUUCGGACCAUCAAUGAUUCACUCAAAGGAAAAUGGGCGAAAGAUACGGCGUCUUGCGAAACAGAGGCUGUUAGGAAGUUUGUGGGGGGAUUCGAUCAAAUGAAGGCCAAAUAUAAUAAGGCAGCGGAUGCGGUAGACGAAUUGGUUAAAAAUGUGAGCAGAACACAAAGGGAGUGUUUGACUUAUGUCGCAAACCUUCGUGAUCCUGCGAACAAACUCAACGUGACACUCGAGUCGUACAAAGCCAUGGUAUUGAACGAUACAGACUACAGAAAUUGCGAUUUGGAGAAGAGGAAUGAAACCGUUGUAGACUACACGGCAAGGUCCAGGGAAAUGGAAAGGGUCUUGGGCGAACUACAUAAUCUGAGUGGGAAAACUCAUGCAUGCAAGCUACAAUCCGAGGGGGGUGUGAAGUUACUGUUGGAGAAAAAGUAUGGGGAGUUCCGUGAACUUUGUCCCAGUAAAGCCGUUAGGCCAGAUCAGACGACAUUUACGAAGGUGAAGAAUGAGGUAGUGAAGGGAAAAGGAAGCGGGGAUACAGGUCCAACGAAUAAGGACGAAGCUCGGGAAGCGGAGGAACGGCAGAAGGACAUCAAGGCCUUCAACGAAACCCUCCUGCCUUUGGUGAAAAAGCACAUUAAAGAAGUGGAACAGGUGGAGAUAAAAAUAAAGGCGGACGCGGAGGAAAGAAAAGCAAGGAGAGCUCGAGAAAAACAGGAGGCAGAGGAAAGGGCGAGAAGGGCUGAGGAGGAGAGAAAAAGAAAAGCGGAAGAAGCCAAAAGAGCUGCAGAAGAAGAAAAGAAAAGGAAGGCUGAGGAACAAAAGGCAAUGCAGGCGGCACAAAAAGCAAAGGAAGAAGAGGCCAAACGGGUUGCUGCAGAAAAAGCGAAACAAGCAAAAGAAGAGGCGAAACGGGCAGCAGAAAAGGCCAAAAACAAGAAGGAUGGUGGCAGCAGUCCUGCAUUGGUGCACAGUUCUUUGAUUCUUCUUGUCCUGUCUGUGUUGGGUUGCACUCUCGUCUGUUGA